CAAACAUCACACGUCUCUGCGUAUCAGCCCGUUGGCGUGCUUCGUCCCCCUUGUUGAACCUCGUCUGCCUGUUGGUUGUGAACACGAGGGGCCGGGCUCCAGGUGAGUGCUCCACUCAGGGCCUCUCAUGUAACACUGCUCUCAAUAGUAUCACUGUCCGUCAGCUCCUCGCCAUGGUUAAUGUUCUCAGACGACAGCCUCUCAUGACGGAGCCGCACAUCACAGCAGCUACCCAGCAUGCAGCAGGAGCCUGGGCUCCAGGCCAGGUCCUCAGGUGCUGCCCUCCAUCGAGGCUUUUCAUUCGCUGAGAGCCACGUCUGCCGCGGCUUCUUCUUCUUUUUUUAAUUCUAAUACCUGGUCCGAGCUUCUUACUCCAUCUGAACACGACUCGGCCUGCAGGUCGCCGUGUCCCUUCAUGGUUCAUGUCAUCACAACAAUAAUCACGCACAUAUGGAUGUCCAGCCAGCCUCUAGAAACAGGAUGACCAUCAAUCCUCAUCCGCAGCACGGUAAUCACACAAGAGAUAAUGGAGUCAAAGCUGAAGCCUCUCCAGGUCCGUCUAAUCUGGUCAGAACGUCCAGGACUCAUAAUGAGCUUCACAAGGAACUCCUACUGGCCCAUAAGAAGGGUCUGGCACUGAGCAGCAGGUCAGAGCUGCAGCAGGCGUUGGAGAGGAGGAAGAGGGUUCAGAGCGACCGUGAAGAGGAGGGACAGAGCCGGACUCCCCUGGAGGACGUGCUGCUCCGACGUCAGCAGAAACAGCACGAGAAGGAGAAGGAAGAGGGGGAGAAGGUUCAAGAGGAAGCCCAGCUGAUGGAGUUUGUUCGAGUCCGACAGAACCUGAGAAAGAUCCACUCUGCGAUCCAGAACAAGGCUGCACACUCGUAAGGUUUCUUCAGAUGACUGAACUCUGACCUUAUCUGACUUACUGCCUUCAACACGCCCUUCAAGAGGAACAACACGGUGUAUGAAAGACAAUUAGGGCGCCCUCACACUAACCAAUCCAUACCCUGCCUUAGCAUGCUUCACCCCCCAAAGUCCAGUUUGUUUAACUAGUGUGAGUGCUCCGAUCUUUGCUCGAGCCCGGUAC